GUCUCUUCUUUAUCUUCUUCCAAGAACUCAAAAAAAGGUUUAUGGUGCGGUAGGGCUAGUGGUGCUUCGGAAGCCAGGAGGGAGCGAGCGAGGGUGAGAUGGCCGUUGAUCUAAUCGGCUACGCGAAGAUGGAAGAUCAGAUCACGAUCCAGGAGGCGGCAGCCGCCGGAAUCCGGAGCAUGGAAAACUUAAUAUUCCACCUCAAUCGCCACCAUCAGAAAUCUAUGUCGUCGUCAGCAACAGCGCCUGCCAUAGAUUGCAGAGAAAUUGCAGAUCAUACCGUCUCGAAGUUCAAGAAGGUGAUCUCCAUCCUAAAUCGUACUGGCCACGCCCGAUUCCGUCGCGGUCCUUCCGGACCAGUUCUUCCGUCCGCCGUAACACCGGCGCCGCAGGUAGCGGUUCCCCCGGCGGCGCCGGCGAUGGUGCCGCCGGUAGUUCCUUUACAGAGCCUGACGCUGGAUUUUACCAAGCCGAGCUCCGUCGGUGGUGGAUCUACUGACCUAGCCAUCGUCGCGGCAUCAUCGGGGAAGUACAUUAAGGAGAGUUUCAGCAUCUCGACACCGAUCUCUUCGGCAAACUCAUCCUUCAUGUCAUCGAUCACUGGUGACGGAAGUGUCUCUAAUGGUCGCCAGGGGGGAACAGCCUCUCUUCUUCUACCUCCAGCCCCGGCCAUCUCUGCAGGCGGCAUCGUUGUCGGCAAACCGCCGCUCGCACGCCGCUAACGGCGGCCGCUGCCACUGUUCCAAGCGCCGAAAGAAUCGCGUGAAGAGGACGAUUCGGGUUCCUGCCAUCAGCUCAAAAAUGGCGGAUAUCCCGCCGGACGAAUACUCAUGGCGAAAGUAUGGUCAGAAGCCGAUCAAGGGCUCUCCAUACCCGAGAGGCUACUACAAGUGCAGCAGCCUGCGUGGUUGUCCGGCCAGGAAGCACGUUGAGCGUGCGCCUGACGAUCCCGCUAUGCUAAUCGUCACCUACGAGGGGGAGCACCGCCACUCCCAGCCGUCCGAUGCAAUCGUGUUCGACUCCCACCGCGAGAUCUGAGCCGCCCGUUUUUCUCCUCCUCUCUCCCCACCGUCCGUUCCGCCUAUGUAGUCUGUUCCCACUUUCCUCUCUCAUACUUUCUUUUAUUUUCUAUUAGGCCUUUUUAUUUACUAGUUUUUAUCAAUUUCCCUCUCCCGAGGGGGCCGAUCUGUAAAAUAGAAA